GGCGUUGACAUUAGUCGAAGAGGCGAUCGGCUAAAGUGAUAUGCGCGUGUGAUAUUUGCGUAGUUUUGCGGUAUCGCACCAUUGCCCUGUCCUGUCAUAAAUCAUUUAUCUGAAUUUGUUAUGAAUUAAUUUAGUCAGAAAUAUGUCAAUUAAUCUGACGAAAAACAAAGAUGCCUUGACGGCUGCCUGGCACAGCGUAGUCGACGAUAAAUUGUCUACUAACUGGGCUUUAUUCGGUUAUGAAGGGCAGACAAAUGACUUAAAAGUAGUUGGAACCGGAAGUGGCGGGUUGGAAGAAAUGAUUGAUCGAUUGAAUAGCAGUCAUAUUAUGUAUGCAUUUUGCAAAGUCAUUGAUACUAAAACAAGUCUACCAAAGUGUUUGCUUAUUAAUUGGCAAGGAGAAGGUGCUCCAAUUGUUAGAAAAGGAACAUGCGCUAAUCACAUCAGAGAUGUAGAGAAAUUAUUAAAGGGUGCACAUAUAACAAUUACUGCACGUUCUGAAGAUGAUGUAGAGGUAGAUGCAAUUAUGGGAAAACUUGCGAGAGCAACAGCCUCCGCAUUUAAGUUUAAUGAACCUCGUGGUGAAAAUGAAGGACAUACAGGUCCCAUUGGAACAACAUAUCGCCGAGUAAUCCCGGAACAAGAGAUAAAUGCAACAGAAAGAGAUCAGUUUUGGCAAAAGGAAGAAAUGGAAGAGAAAAAAAGAUUGGAGCAAGAGCGGCUACGUUGUGAACAAGAACGACAAAAGUUAGAAAAAGAAGUUAGAGCUCGAGAAGAAAAGGAAGCACAAAUGAGAGAGCAAAAAGUAACUGCUAAGGAAAACUCAAUCGCGCGACAAAAGUUGGCCGAACAACGUGCCGAGGAAGUGAACAACUUACGCAAUCAAUUAGCUGCACAAAAUUAUAGCAAUGAUGUCGAGGAUGAUCAUAAAUCACGAAGUGAAGAGCUACGAAGACAAAGGAGCAAGGAGACACAACAAUUGAUUGCUCAAAGAACAAUAAACGCUAGAGCGGUUUUCGAGCAAAAUUCGGCGGCCGGUCAAAUGAAGACAAGUUCAGUUCAACAAUUUUUACCUAAGAAUAAUCACGUGGAGUCUGUGAGAAAAGCGUUGGAGGAUGCUCAAAUAAAAGAUCAACCAAAAUCUUAUGAGGAAACAUCAUCUGAAGAGAAAAAACUUACAAAUGUGGAGACAGUGACGACUUCAUCAUCUGCAGUGCCUCAACCUCAAAACACUAAUCAGGAAUCAAAGACAACAGCGAAGAAUCUACAAUCGGAAUCUGAACAAGCAGUAGAAAUUAAGGAACAAGUCACUGAAAAUGAAUUGUACAAUCAAUUGGAUGGCCCGUAUUUAUAUUUCGAUCCAAAUAACGAGGGAAUGAAAGCCAGAGCUUUGUAUGACUAUCAAGCUGCAGACGAUACGGAAAUCACUUUUGAUCCUGGAGAUAUAAUUACGCAUAUAGACGCGAUCGAUGAAGGCUGGUGGCAAGGGCUUGGACCUGAUGGGACUUACGGACUUUUUCCUGCUAAUUAUGUUGAAGUUAUUGACUAUAAUACAACAUGAUAAGAUAAUUUCAAAAAAAAAUGAUUGAGAAAAUUAUUAUCCUUUUUUUUUCUUCUCUGCAUAAUUAUUUGCAUAAAACUGCGAAAAUCAAUACGCAAUCUUAUCCUUAAUAAUUACAAUUAUGUCUUAGAUGUAAUUGAAUCAGGUAAUAAGAUAAUAACUGGAAAAACAUUUUGAAUGAUAAGAGAACAAUUUUGUGAUGACAGAAACGCGCUUACCAUAUUUGAUAGUGGUUAAAAUGCAUAUCUCCACAAUGUUUUGCGCCUUCCAUGCUAUUAUUUAAUAUUAAAACAUUUAUCUAAGAAGUGAAUAUACACAGUUAAUUUUUAAUUAGUAAAACUUCAUAUUUGUUGUUAUAUCCGUCGAUAUAAAGUGUAUGUCUUCCCAGGUCAUACAGGUUUUAUCUGAUAAUUAAUGGAUAUUACAUAAAUAUAUCUUUUUAUAACACCUUGUAUUAGAUGCCGAUGUAGCAAUAACUAAGAGUCUUAUAAUGUCCACAGAACUGUGUCAUACAAAAAUAUAACAACUGCUUAUUCAGACAUAUAUCAUUUUUAGAACAAUAAAUAUUUCAAUUUGUUACGGUUUAAUAAGAGAAGAAAUUAAAAAUUAAAAUACUCGCUUAUAUAUAUGAAAAAGCUGCUUUUUUUCAUAUUUUAAAUAUUGGUGCUAUUAUUUAUAUCCAAAAAGAGAAGAAGUAUGAAAAUCCUUCCUUUUUGUCGACAGUUGUUGGUGAAAUAACAUAAGAGCGAUAUAUCGACACGUAUUAGAUAUGAAAUUAUUUUAUUGUAUAUGAGACCCAAAUUUUUAUAGAUAAUUAAUAAUGAGAUAAAGUAGCAUCACAAUAUUCAUGUUACAUAAAUAAAACAAAGAAAAUCAU